GACCGGGAGCAGGUGCCCCUCCCCGCCCGCCACCCCCUGUUUCGUCCGUCCCUCGGCCCCGGAGGGUGUGUGUGUCCGGCCGCGUUCCCGAGGCCUCCGCCUGCUGCUUACGUCGAAGUCGCGGCGAGGAGCCCCGAGUGCCGCACCCGUGCCCUUUCGGCUUGAGAACGUGCUUCAGAGCGUCAGGGCCUCCGAGGCUCGGUUUUCGCAGUGGUUGCGCCCCGCGGGGCCCCGCGCUUCCAGCUGGCGGAUGUCGCUCCGCACGCACCUCGGGGACACCUGCUCGUCGGGGACGGAAGCGUCGCACCUCGGGUUUCGGGGGCAGAGCCUGCUGGAGGCCUUCCCGGGCGCCCUCCUCCCCCUCGCUGCUGGGCGCACGGUGGUCUUUACUUCUCUCUGCUGCCCGUGGCCACGCAGUCCACUCACUAGGUGGGACGAAGGCAGGCCCCGAGGGAGCGGCACCCGCGCCCCGCACACGCGGAGGCUGGCCCGCAGGGGAGACUGUGCCUGGCGCUGGCAGGCGACAGGCCCAGAGUCGGUCCGUGGAGCUCUUGCCGGGUUUGAGUUAACGGCGUUCGUCUUGAGUCGUGUUCUCACGGAGCUCGUUUCCACGCGGCGCCCGUGAGCAGGGCUGUGGCCUCAGCAUCUGUGCGGGGCGGCACCGCCGGAAUGAGGGCUUGGGUGGCCGGCGCGUGGGGAGUUGCUCGAAGCCCACCUGUGAGUGCUGCGUGCCUCUCCUGGCGGGACGGGGUGCCCGGCUGCGAGCUGGCUGUCGCUGUCGCCCCGGGGAUCCGCUGUCUCCUGGGCGGAGGGUUCCUAGAGCACGGCGGGAGACAGCGCCAUGCGCCGGAGAGGCAGCCGCAGCACAGACAGUGCUACCUCGAUUCAUCAGAACCACGCUCCCGGGACCCCUGUACUCUCUAAGGUCCACAUUUGAAGGUGGGAGCGGUCACCGUCCCCCUCGAAGACCAGAGGUUCCAACCGUGUGGACACAUCCGGGGCGGUGUGACACUAGUCGUCUCUCCUGCAGAGGGGCCGGGAGGUGGCCACGUCGCUAGCACUGGAGGGCGGACCACAGGAGGAACCGGGGCUCACGGUGGCCCGGGGUCCGUGGAACGGGACGGGCAGGUGAGGGAGCGGAGGACGGGGGAGGUGAGGCAAGGAGUCUGCCAGGACUCCCCAUCCCUGCCCCCGCCACGCGUGUCCUCCCUCCUCCCCAGCUCCCGGGACGAGCCACCCCCCACCAUGGCCUCUAAGCAGGCUGCGGGGCGGAGCCCAGGGGAGAAGCGCAAGAGGGUGGUGCUGACCCUGAAGGAGAAGAUCGACAUUUGCGCGCGCCUGGAGAAGGGGGAGAGCAGGAAGGUGCUGAUGCAGGAGUACAACGUGGGCAUGUCCACCCUGUAUGACAUCAAGGCCCACAAGGCGCAGCUGCUGCGCUUCUUUGCCAACUCGGCGUCCAGCGCGGCGGCGGAGCAGCGGCGCACCCUGCACACGCCCAAGCUUGAGCACCUGGACCGCGCCCUGUACCAGUGGUUCCUGGGCAAGCGGGCUGAGGGCGUGCCCGUGUCGGGCCCCAUGCUCAUCGAGAAGGCCAAGGACUUCUACGAGCAGAUGCAGCUAACGGAGCCCUGCGUGUUCUCGGGCGGGUGGCUCUGGCGUUUUAAGGCCAGACACGGCAUCAAGAAGCUGGACGCGUCCGGCGAGAAACAGGCGGCCGACCACCGAGCCGCCGAGCAGUUCUGUGGCUUCUUCCGGAGCCUGACGGCCGAGCACGGCCUGUCCCCCGAGCAGGUGUACAACGCCGACGAGACCGGCCUUUUCUGGCGGUGCCUGCCCAGUCCCAGCCUGGAAGGUGGGGCGGUGCCUGGCGUCAGGCAGAGCAAGGACAGGCUGACCGUCCUCAUGUGUGCCAAUGCCACCGGCUCCCACAAGAUCAAGCCCCUGGUGGUCGGCAAGGGCGGCGGUCCCCGGGCUUUCGGGGGCAUCCAGCAGCUGCCCGUCGCCUACAAGGCCCAAGGGAACGCGUGGGUGGACAAGGAGAUUUUUUCCGACUGGUUCCAUCACAUCUUCGUCCCGUCAGUGAAGGAGCACUUCCGGGCCGCCGGUCUGCCCGAGGAUGGCAAAGCCAUUCUGCUGUUGGACAAUGCCCGCGCCCGCCCGCGGGAGGCCGAGCUGGCCUCCGGCAACAUCUUCACCGUCUUCCUGCCCGCCAGCGUCACGUCGCUGCUACAGCCCAUGGACCAGGGCAUCCGGAGGGACUUCAUGAGGCACUUCGUUAACCCCCCCGUCCCGCUGCAGACCUGCCACCCCCGCUACGGCAUGAAUGACGCCGUCUUCAACGUGGCCUGCGCCUGGAGCGCCGUGCCCGGUGACGUCUUCAGCCGGGCCUGGAGGAAGCUGUGGCCGGCGGUCAUGUUCGCCGAGGGCUCGUCUUCAGAGGAGGAGCCGGAGCGCCUCCGCGUGAAGCCUCACGACCAGACUUUCGCGCACAUUCUGGAGCUGGGGACGGAGGCCCCGGCCCGCCCUGGCAGCCGGCUUCCCCAGGCCGCGGCGGCCGAGCAGGGCAGGCCGGGACACACGGUCGGAGAAGGCCCAGCCCUGGGCUCUGGGAGCCUGGAGCUCGUCAAGAAGGACAGCGACGAGGCGGCCUGGGAGCAGGCAGCCUUGUCCUUCGAUGCCGUGGUCCGCUUCGCCGAGGGGCAGCCCUGCUUCACGGCGCAGGAGGUGGGGCAGCUGCGCACGCUGCGCUCCGUGUUCGCCAGGCAGAGGCAGGUGAAGUGGCGGCGCGGCGCUCUCAGGGCCGUGGUCAAACUCGAGGCUCCCCAGGAGGCCUCCACUCUGCCCUGCUCCUCUGCAGCCGCCGAGCACUGAUGUCCGCGUGGCCCUCGCCUGCGGGCCAGAGCUUGUCUAGGAGGUUGUGGCGGCCGGGGUGUGCUCUCGGCCGCUCGGGGCGGCCCGUCCCCACGCAUCUGCUUCAUCGGGGCUUGCGGUGUUUCCCCUUCUGGCCCGCGAGUGUGAGCGGCCACUCCGGCUGGGUCGCCCACACCUGAAGCCGACCCAGCGUCCUGUGAAUGGAAGCCGGGGCCCAGCCGGGCAGAGUCUGGGCUCGUGUUUGCCGGCUGAGCCCUGCGUAUGAGUGGGUAGAGCUGUCUGUCUGUCCAGGACGAGGAAAGCCAGGCCUCGGGCCAGCUGAUACCAGGACCUGCAGCCCCUUGCGUGAGGCUGGCGUUGCCCUGGGCCCGCCCCAUCCUCCCCUUGGGGCUCCGUUGCAGCUGCUUGUGGCUUACAGGUGGCAGUUGUCCCGUCAGCCGUGAACUCACUUAACCAUGCCAGCCUCUUCUUGGAAGUUCCUCAGUGUUGCCAGGAGGCCUCAGCCCUGGGGUCUGGACUCCAGGAUGUGGGGGCCACACGCGGGAUUGGCAUGGCAGAGGCCCUUCCCCAACACAAGCAGGACUGUCCUUCCCACCCCCCCACCAGCCACCCGUUGCCCCAGGGAGCUCAUGGCGCACCACGGGCAUGUCUAGCAUCCUGGUGCCAAGUCCACUCCGAGGUCCUAUCCCCGUCCGCAGGAGGUCACGCUCACCGCCUGCUUAUCCCUGAGUUUCACCGAGGCAUUCGAAAAUGAGUUUUAGGCCUCCGCUUGCCACCCGGCGUAGAAGGAGCUGAUUGGAUUUCCGGCCGCAACUGAACCCCUACCCCGGCAGGGAGGAGCCGGCUGCACAGCUUGUU